GGAGUUCCCCUUUCUAGCACGGAUCACCUGGCUUGGGGAUCUGCUAGGUCUGUCCUGCAGACUCUGGCUGAGCAACAGAUGAAAGGAGUACUCAGACACAGGUAUGCAGUGUUUAAGAGCAGCUAGGGGAGUGCCGGGCACUAGUGGCUGAAGAGUGAGUAGUCUUCAACAGCUGGAGCUGCCUGUUUUUAUUCAACAGACAUAAUGCUGAAAGCCUGGAGGAAACACAAUCUUCAGAUGAGAAGACUGGUUUCAGAAAAGUUGCUUGCUGAAGACUACAAAGCUGUUUGUGUUGGAAAUCAGUAGCUCUUCUAGCCUUUGCAUUGUUUAAAUAUAAUAGUGUCAUUGGACUAAGAUGUUCCUGAUGCCAACCUCUUCGGAGUUAAACAGUGGGCAGAACUUCCUAACCCAGUGGAUGACCAAUCCUUCUCGGGCUGGGGUCAUAUUAAAUCGUGGAUUUCCUAUUUUGGAAGCAGACAAAGAGAAGCGAGCAACUGUGGACAUUUCUACCAGCUUUCCUAUUAAAGGCACACAUUUUUCUGAUAGCUUCAGCUUUAUAAAUGAAGAAGAUUCACUUCUUGAAGAACAGAAGUUGGAGUCAAAUAGCCCUUACAAACCACAGUCAGAUAAAUCUGAAACCCAUACAGGCUUUCCUUGCAUUAAAAAGGGACCACAGGUAGCGGCAUGUCACAAUGCUCCUGGACACCAGGAAGAAAACAAAAAUGACUUCACCCCAGAUCUUGCGAGUGAAUUCAAAGAAGGGGCUUAUAAAGACCCACUUUUUAAAAAACUUGAACAGCUGAAAGAAGUACAACAGAAGAAGCAGGAACAAUUGAAGAGGCAACAGUUGGAGCAACUACAGAGACUCAUGGAAGAACAAGAGAAGCUGCUCACCAUGGUGUCUGGGCAGUGCACACUUGCAAGUUUGAGUUUACUGCCUGAUGAUCAGAGCCAGAAGCACAGGUCUCCAGGAAAUACCGCCACUGGGGAGAGAGCCACACGCUGCUUCCCAUCAUAUGUCUACCCGGACCCAAUGCAGGAAGAAACAUACGCUUCCAACAUUGUAUCCCACGAGCAAAGCAACUUCUGUAGAACUGCUCAUGGAGAUUUUGUCUUAACUUCAAAACGUGCGUCUCCUAAUUUAUUUUCUGAGGCACAGUAUCAAGAAACGCCUGUGGAAAAAAAAAAUUUAAAAGAAGAAAACCGUAACCAUCCUACAGGAGAAAGUAUUUUAUCAUGUUGGGAGAAAAUGACAGAACAGAUUCAGGAAGCAAAUGAUAAGAACUUACAAAAACAUGAUGAUUCCUCAGAAGUGACUAAUAUUGAAGAAAGGCCCAUUAAAGCUGCUAUUGGAGAAAGGAAACAGACCUUUGAAGACUACUUAGAAGAACAAAUUCGGUUGGAAGAGCAAGAACUGAAGCAAAAACAGCUGAAGGAAGCAGAAGGACCAUUGCCAAUCAAAGCAAAACCAAAACAACCAUUUUUAAAACGAGGAGAAGGUUUAGCCAGAUUUACUAACGCUAAAUCUAAGUUUCAAAAAGGGAAAGAAAGUAAACUAGUGACUAACCAGAGCACUUCCGAGGACCAGCCGCUGUUUAAAAUGGAUAGACAGCAACUCCAGCGGAAAACAGCUCUCAUAAAUAAAGAGCCGUGUGCAGACAACCCUAUCCUUAAAAAGGACAGUAAAGCUAGAACCAAGAAUGGUUCUGUCACCCUCAGUCAGAAGCCGAAAAUGCUGAAGUGUAGUAACAGGAAAAGCCUUUCUCCGUCAGGAUUGAAAAUACAGACGGGGAAGAAAUGUGAUGGGCAGUUCAGAGACCAAAUCAAAUUUGAAAAAAAAGUCACAUCUAAUAAUAAAGAAAAUGUACCUGAGUGUCCAAAACCUUGCGAUACUGGCUGCACAGGGUGGAAUAAGACACAAGGUAAAGACAGACUUCCUCUUUCAACAGGGCCGGCCAGCCGCCUGGCUGCUAAGAGCCCUAUAAGGGAGACCAUGAGAGAGUCUGAAUCUUCUCUUGACAUUUCUCUUCAGAAAAAGUUAGAGACUUGGGAACGAGAAAAGGAAAAGGAAAAUUUGGAAUUAGAUGAAUUUUUGUUUUUAGAACAAGCUGCUGAUGAAAUAUCAUUUUCUAGUAAUUCCUCAUUUGUGCUGAAAAUCUUAGAAAGGGAUCAACAGAUCUGCAAAGGUCACCGGAUGUCUUCCACCCCUGUCAAAGCUGUGCCACAGAGGACAAACCCGGCAGAUCCCGUUAGUCAGUGUAACCGCAGUGAGGAUUUGGACCACACUGCACGUGAGAAGGAGAGUGAGUGUGAAGUCGCACCCAAACAACUUCAUUCAUUGUCCUCAGCUGAUGAAUUGAGGGAACAGCCUUGUAAAAUCAGGAAAGCCGUCCAAAAGAGCACUUCUGAAAAUCAAACUGAAUGGAAUGCACGUGAUGAUGAAGGUGUUCCGAACAGUGACAGUAGCACUGACUCUGAGGAACAGCUUGAUGUUACCAUAAAACCAUUGACUGAGGAUAGAGAAAGGGGCAUCAGCAGCAGAGAGGAUAGCCCACAAGUCUGUGAUGGUAAGGGGCCUUUUAAGGACACCAGGACCCAAGAAGAUAAAAGGAGAGAUGUUGAUCUGGAUUUGUCUGAUAAAGAUUACAGUAGUGAUGAGUCUAUCAUAGAAAGCAUAAAACAUAAAGUGUCUGAGCCCUCGAGAUCCUCAUCUCUAAGUAUGAGUAAAAUGGACUUUGAUGAUGAAAGAACUUGGACUGACCUUGAAGAGAAUUUGUGUAAUCAUGAUGUUGUUCUUGGGAAUGAAUCCACUUAUGGGACGCCGCAGACAUGCUGCCCUAAUAAUGAAAUAGGUACCCUGGACAAAACAAUAAAAAGGAAGAUCGCACCAGUCAAGAGGGGAGAAGACUUGAGCAAGUCCAGGAGGAGCAGAAGUCCUCCUCCUCCAUCGGAGCUGAUGAUGAAAUUCUUUCCUUCUUUGAAACCAAAACCAAAGUCAGAUUCACACUUGGGAAACGAACCCAAGUUAAACAUGAGUCAAGACCAACCACCUGGUGACAAUGCUCGAUCCCAGGUUUUGAGAGAGAAAAUUAUUGAAUUGGAAACAGAAAUAGAAAAGUUUAAAGCUGAGAAUGCAUCUUUAGCUAAACUUCGCAUUGAACGAGAAAGUGCCUUGGAAAAACUCAGGAAAGAAAUUGCAGACUUCGAACAACAGAAAGCAAAAGAAUUAGCUCGAAUAGAAGAGCUUAAAAAGGAGGAGAUGAGGAAGCUACAAAAGGAACGUAAAGUUUUUGAAAAGUAUACUACAGCUGCAAGAAGUUGCCCAGAUAAAAAGGAACGUGAAGAAAUACAGACUUUAAAACAGCAAAUAGCAGAUUUACGGGAAGAUUUGAAAAGAAAGGAAACCAAAUGGUCAAGUACACACGGCCGUCUCAGAAGCCAGAUAGAAAUGUUAGUCAGAGAGAACACAGACCUCCGGGAAGAAAUAAAAGUGAUGGAAAGAUUCCGACUGGAUGCCUGGAAGAGAGCAGAAGCCAUAGAGAACAGCCUCAAGGUGGAGAAGAAGGACAAGCUCUCGAACACAUCUGUUCGAUUUCAAAACAGUCAGAUUUCUUCAGGAACCCAGGUAGAAAAAUACAAGAAAAAUUAUCUUCCAAUGCAAGGCAAUCCACCUCGAAGAUCCAAGUCUGCACCUCCUCGUGAUUUAGGCAAUUUGGAUAAGGGACAAGCUGCCUCUCCCAGGGAGCCACUUGAACCACUGAACUUCCCAGAUCCUGAAUAUAAAGAGGAGGAAGACCAAGACAUACAGGGAGAAAUCAGUCAUCCUGAUGGAAAGGUGGAAAAGGUUUAUAAGAAUGGGUGCCGUGUUAUACUGUUUCCCAAUGGAACUCGGAAGGAAAUGAGUGCAGAUGGGAAGACCAUCACUGUCACUUUCUUUAAUGGUGAUGUGAAGCAGGUCAUGCCAGACCAGAGAGUGAUCUACUACUACGCAGCUGCCCAGACCACUCACACGACAUACCCGGAGGGACUGGAAGUCUUACAUUUCUCAAGUGGACAAAUAGAAAAACAUUACCCAGAUGGAAGAAAAGAGAUCACGUUUCCUGACCAGACUGUUAAAAACUUAUUUCCUGAUGGACAAGAAGAAAGCAUUUUCCCAGAUGGUACAAUUGUCAGAGUACAACGUGAUGGCAACAAACUCAUAGAGUUUAAUAACGGCCAAAGAGAACUACAUACUGCCCAAUUCAAGAGACGGGAAUACCCAGAUGGCACUGUUAAAACCGUAUAUGCAAACGGUCAUCAAGAAACGAAGUACAGAUCCGGUCGGAUAAGAGUUAAGGACAAAGAGGGUAAUGUGCUAAUGGACACGGAGCUGUGACGAUCCUUAUGUGAUCAUGAAGUAACAGUAACUGAUUUUUCUUGUUAAAAAAUGUACAUUUACUGUGGAUUCUGUUUAAUUUAUUGUGUAUGUGUGGGGAAAAGAUUGGAUUCUAAAAUAAAAGUUUACCCUGUGGCA